GAGAUGGUGAAGUGAGUGUCUGUUUUGUGUGUUUUAUCUUUAAAAGGAGUGUGCAGCCAUGGAGCUGUUAAUGCUGUCAGGGGGUGUUCUGGUUGUCCCUGUCCUCGCCUUCAUCACUUUCCUGUUCUGGCCAGGAGCACUUUUAAAGGUCUACAACUGGUACUGGCGUCAGAGGCUCGGGCUGGUGGUCCGAUACUCUCACAGCGGAAGUUAUCGCUUCUGUUAUUCCAGCAGAGGGAAGCCAGGGGGCGCCACGCCAUCUCUGCUGCUGCUGCAUGGCUUCUCCGCCACCAAGGACAUGUGGCUGCCUGUCGUCAAGUAUUUCCCCAAAAACCAGCAUGUGGUGUGUGUGGACAUGCCGGGUCAUGAGGGGACGAGUCGGACUGGCUCGGAGGACUACAGCAUCCAGGGCCAGGUCGGCAGAAUACACCAGUUUGUGCAGAGUAUCGGUCUGGAUAAAAUACCUUUCCACCUGAUCGGGACGUCGAUGGGAGGUAACGUCGCCGGGGUCUACGCUGCUCAUCACCCCGCUGACCUGUGCAGUGUCACCUUGAUCUGCCCGGCAGGUUUGGUUUAUCCCACAGAGACUGAGUUCAUCAGCCGCCUGAGAGAGCUGGAGAAGAGUGAGCAGGAGGAGUCGAUCCCUCUGAUCCCUUCGACUCCUCAGGAGCUCGACGACAUGCUGAGACUCUGCUGCUACACCCCCAUCAACAUCCCCCGACAGGUCCUGCGGGGUCUUCUUCAAAACAGGAUCCCAAACAACGGUUUCUAUAAAGAAGUGUUCAUGGAGAUCGUUGGGGAGAAGUCUCGUCACUCACUGCAGGAAAACUUGCAUCUCAUCAAAACGCCGACGCAGGUCAUCUGGGGGAAAGAGGACCAGGUGGUGGACGUGUCUGGGGCGUCGGUGCUGCAGGAAGCGCUGCCUCACUGUCAGGUGGAGCUGUUAGAAAGCUGUGGUCACUCUGUGGCAUUGGAGCGACCCAGGAAGGCCGCCAAUCUCAUCAUGGACUUCCUGUCUGCACAGGACGUCAACAAUGAAAACACAAAGAAAGUCUCUUGAAGUAAAACUUUGAACUUUAAUGUCGAUGACUGACCUCAAGAAGGACAAGGCGACGAUGAUGAAGGUUGUGAUGAAGAUGAAGACGAUGAGGAGAAUGAUGAAGAAAAUGAAGUUGAUUCUGAAUCGUUCUAUUUUCUAGUUUGAUAUGAGAGUUUUUUACGCCUGCAAGACAUUCUGUAAAAACUGAAAACUGAAAUGAAGGCACAGUGUGGAGCCGACUGUCAAAUAUUCCUGCAUUUGUUUUUACACUCAGUAAAACAUAUACACACACACACACACACACACACAAACAGCCCUACACAGAAGGCUGUUGUCUCAUUUUUUUCGAUGCUUCGAUGCACAUUCCAAGCUGAGAUUUUGUGCAACUUUUUUUUCAGAACAUGACUUUGAUCUUCAAUUUCUUUUCAUGUAUUUCAUAUUAAUGUGGUGGUGUUGUUUGUGAGUCACAUGUUGUGCUGCUGUGCACUGAUUAUAUAUUUAACUUUAUAAAAUUACAUUCUGAUUUAUUUAACAUGUAUAGGGUUUUCCAUGAUUCCAGCACCAGGACACAGAAAUAAAUAUUUCCAAUUUGCUCAAAUGA